AACAAACGACUUUUAUUUUGAAAACCUGUGCGUAUAGCCGCCAUCUUGGGUAUUUCUCGAAGGUAGCAAUGUUCACAUUGAUGCAUAUGAUACAGUAAACCAGGCGGAGGGAUCGAUUAAAAGAUCAAAACUGGAAGUGUCUGGUGUUAAACUAACUGUGCCUGUGGUCCUGUUGAUAGGAAGGGCUCAGCAGUGCCUGGGUGCCCAGGGAGCCACUGCCUGAGUCCCUAGAGGUAGACACCAGACAUCCACAGGACAUGAGCGCCGCCAAAGGAGGCCUGGUCAUCUUCACGGCCAACUCCAACCCCUCCAGCAGAGAGCUGGGCAGGAGGAUAGCCGAGCGUUUGGGUGUGGAGCUUGGGAAGGUGCAGGUCUAUCAGGAGGCUAACAGAGAAACACGGGUCCAAAUCGAAGAGUCUGUGCGCAGCAAAGAUGUUUUCAUCAUUCAGACCGUGUCCAAGGAUGUUAACACCACCAUCAUGGAGCUGCUCAUUAUGGUGUAUGCCUGCAGGACGUCCUGUGCUCGGAAUAUUAUCGGCGUCAUUCCCUAUUUCCCUUACAGCAAACAGUGCAAAAUGAGGAAGAGAGGCUCCAUCGUCUCUAAACUACUUGCCUCAAUGAUGUGUAAAGCAGGUCUGACUCAUCUCAUUACUAUGGAUUUGCAUCAAAAGGAAAUCCAGGGUUUCUUCAACAUUCCAGUGGACAAUCUCCGGGCCUCACCGUUCCUGCUACAGUACAUACAAGAAGAAAUUCCUGACUACAGAAAUGCUGUAAUUGUGGCCAAAUCUCCAGCAUCAGCCAAAAGGGCCCAGUCAUUUGCUGAAAGAUUGCGGCUGGGCAUCGCUGUGAUCCACGGUGAAGCCCAGGAUGCCGAAUCGGACCUGGUGGAUGGACGUCAUUCCCCACCCACUGUCAAAAACAUUGGCGCCAUCCACCCAAGCCUAGAGAUACCAUUGCUGAUUCCCAAAGAAAAACCACCAAUAACUGUAGUGGGAGAUGUAGGUGGACGAAUUGCUAUCAUAGUGGAUGACAUCAUUGACGAUGUCGACAGUUUUCUAGCAGCAGCCGAAACUCUAAAAGAAAGAGGCGCCUACAAGAUCUUUGUCAUGGCCACUCAUGGAAUCCUCUCCUCAGAUGCCCCUCAGCUAAUAGAGGAGUCCGCCAUAGAUGAGGUAGUUGUCACCAACACCAUUCCACACGAGAUCCAAAAACUCCAGUGUCCCAAGAUCAAGACAGUGGAUAUCAGCAUGAUCCUGUCAGAAGCCAUUCGCCGCAUCCACAAUGGAGAAUCCAUGUCUUACCUUUUCCGUAAUAUAGGCAUGGAUGAUUAGCAGGAUUAUGUACAGUCAGUCUUAACAUGUGCACAGAGGUCAAGACUUAUUUCUCUCCCUAUUGCCUGUAACAUUAACUGUUUUUCCUCUGACUCGCUCAUCAUAACUGCUUCACCUCGUUGUAUAUGUAAUAUUUUGAAAUAAUAAUUGUACGUUCAAAGAACCAGGAUGUUCUGUGACGCUACAUGAUUUCAGUGUCCUAAAAUGCUGAUGUCAACACGUUCAGAGGUUUGAAGUGCAGGAAUACUCCACCUCUUGAUCUAAAAUGUUGGCACUUUUAUACGAUUUUGAAGUACUAGAAUUAAAGGGAGGUCCACUGGAUGUUAAAAUUACCUCUUCAUUUCUUUUAGCCAUAGAUCUUCUGUUUUCGCUUCCUUUUUUAAAAAAUAAAUGAAGAAUGGGCAACUCCACUAUGUGGCCAACAAUUACAAAAUGUUACCAUAUAUGAAAUCUAUGCUGUGACAUAUCAGUGUCAGUGCCUCUUGAUUUGUGUAAUUAUUGUGCCACUAGUAGUUUUUGUGUAUCCGUCUGGUAAUGCUAGGCUAGGUACUGCUGAUGUUGAUUUCGAGAAUUAUUUCAUACAUGGCAAAGGUACAUUCAUAGACCUCAAUAUAGCCCUUAAGAUCGAAACUAAUGUACUUGAUUGAAUGUUCCCCCCCCCCCACUAGAUUCUUCUACUAACACUUUAACAGAGAGCCUAUUUGUUUUGAAGCAUCUUUGCCUCAUAAAUGUUUGGUCAUUGCGGCCAUAAUUUCUGAAUAUAUUGCCUGUAAGAACUUGACUUCUCAUCUUCAAAUGAAAUGCAGGGUUUUUGUUAUGUAACUAAUAUUUCAGGCUUUUGUAUUUAUUCACAGCACUUGAUGACAAUGAAUAAACAACUUAAAGACUA